AUGGUUAACCAAAUUCCUGUGCCACAAGCCAAGUAUGAAUUGUUAACUGAUGUUCGACAACCUCGUUGGAAAACACAAAUUCUGUGUUUGGUAUUAGUAUCUUUGAUACUUGGAAUUCUUUUUGUACCACGUGCGUGGAUAGGAAUUGUUAUUCUUCGCUCUGUAAGAUCUGAAACACUUGAUACAGAGACAGUAGACAAUGCCAAGAUUGUUACGUGGUUACGUCGGGCUCGGAUGUACGCCGAGUCGACGAAGGAGAACCAGAAUGCGGACAGGAACAACAGCAUCAGUUCGCCACAGCACUUCUACACCAAUUCCUCAAAGCAGAUCAUUGUCUGUUAUUACGCCAUACCGAGCGACCUGAACACGUUCUGGGAGCUCAAUCCGUCGCACAUUGACCCUAAUCUUUGUACGCAUAUUAUCAUGGGUUUUGCGAGCGUGGUGAACUGCAGCCUUGAUUUGGGCAGCAAUUUAUCAGUUUAUAAGGAAGUUAUUGCCUUGAAGAAGCUGCAACCUGAGUUAAGGGUCAUGAUUAGUGCUGGUGGCAGUAAUGAGCUCCAUUCAGGUUUCUCAGAAAUGGUAAAAAAUCAUGCAAAUAGGAAAAGAUUUAUAAAAUCAGUCUUAAAUGUGACAAAAACAUUUGGCUUUGAUGGAUUAGAUUUAGAUUGGGAAUUCCCUGCAUGGCUUGGAGCUGAUGAAAAAUCAGUAAUAAUCUUAAUUGCUAUACUAGCUUAUAUUAAGAAGAAAAAAUAUUUUCAUUCGUUUAAAUAGUACUAAAAUUAUAUGUUUACUUAUAUUUUUCAUGAGCAUUUAUACAAAAUAUAUAAAAUUUCUUCAUUAUUUAGGUACGUAGAUUUCGUGAAUUUGAUGUCGUAUGACUACCAUUUUUAUGUUUGGUACUAUCCAGUAACCGGACUCAAUGCACCGCUUUUUCCACGAGCUGCAGAAUCUGGAUACCUUUCUACUUUAAAUGUUAAUUUUUCGGCCCAAUAUUGGCUUUCAAAAGGCAUGCCAAGAGAAAAGUUAAUUAUUGGGAUUUCUAACUAUGGUCAUUCCUACGAAUUGGAUAAUCCGUUAAAUCACGAUUUACUUGCUCCUGCAAAUGGAUUUGGUAAAUUGGGACAUGCGGGUUUUGUUUGUUAUCCUACGAUUUGUGAGUUCCUUCAGAAUGGUGCAAAAACAGUUUUUGAAGAAGAAAGCAAAGUUCCUUAUGCUUAUAAAGACAGAGAAUGGAUUUCUUACGAUGAUAUUACAAGUGUUUAUUAUAAGGCAGUAUGGAUUCGUGCAAACAAUUUUGGAGGUGCAAUGAUAUUUUCUUUGAAUGUUGAUGAUUGGAAUGACACAUGUAAAUUCAAUGAAAGCUUUCCCUUAACUCGUACUAUUACUAAAGUCCUCAGAUAUCAAGAAGAUUAA